AUGGUUUUGUCAGACAAGCAGCUUCGCGACUGGCGUGAAUGGGGGUGGCCGAUAGUCGAGACAGUCAACCUCUCCGUGCGUCUGCCUCGCGGUCCACCUGAUGAAGGUCCAUGGAAUGAGGUCUCUAUUUUGGACAGGUCGUCCUUGCAGAAAAUCCACCAAGGCCAAAACCACGUCACAUUCAACUGCACUGACUUCCAACCCCAUGGCCGAAGGACUUGUCCUCGAGUCGAGCACAUCACUACUCCAGCUUACACGCCUUACUCAGCUCCUGGAUUUGCUCUUGGAAGGCCUGUUUUCGUAAACUACGCGACAUUAAGCGACUUGAGCGUCUUCCAAAACGCCAGCGACCUCUGUUCAGGGAAGGUUGUAGCCCUAGUGCGCCAUGGCCGGACGUCGUAUGGAAAUAAGCUGCGCCAUAUUGUAGAGUUUUGCGAAAUGAUGGCAGAUGGAACGCUCCCUGGAGGCAUGGUCGGGUACAAGGACCCCACCGAAUCUGCUCCACCAGAUGGCAGCGUUUAUCCUGAGGGAAUCGGCAUACCGGGAGAUGGCAUUGCCUUUCGAUCUGCUUCUAUGUCCAAAGACGGCGGCGACGUCGAAACCCCUGGUCUUCCAUCCAUCGAUGGCGUUUACAAAAUUGAAAAUCUGUGGGAAAAGGCUCUCACACCAAUUCCCGUACAGCCAAUCAGUUUUGACGACGCCAAAAUAAUCAUGAAUAGUAUGGCUGGCAAACCGGUACCUGAGGAGUGGAAACCUUGCUCACCGAAAUUCCUUGGGCCCGAGGGAGACAGUCUGAUUCAGCUGAAGGUGAGAAAUCGUGUGGACAAGGAGCCUUCCACGCUGGUGAACGUCGUGGGUGCGAUGCCAGGCAGGGGACCAGAAGCGCACCAAUACGUAACCCUUGGCAACCACCGCGACGCCUGGGUUCAGGGUGCCAGUGAUCCGCACUCGGGCACAGCGGUCCUCCAGGGUGUCGCGUACCUCCUCGGAUUGGCUUACCAACAAGGCUGGCGUCCACGACGAACCAUCGUGAUCGCGAGCUGGGACGCCGAGGAAGUCGGUCUGGUCGGGUCGACCGAGUUCACGGAGCUGUAUCGUGAGGAGCUAGUGAGUCGCGCAGUGGUGUACCUGAACCAGGACUGUCCGGUGAAGGGCAACGCGACGUUUGUGCCGCGUGCCGACGAAUUCCUCGAAGCCGCUCUCCUCGCCAGCGCAAAAGCCGCCCGCGGACCGUGUGACGCCGGCGUUAGUCUGCUUGACUUCUGGCGCAAACAUCGUAAGGAAGUCGAGGAAGAGGCGGUAACAUUACCCGUAGGUGGUUCCACGGACCACGUGCCUUUUCAGUACAAACUCGGAAUCCCUUCUACUUAUCCCGAAUUCAGACCG